AUGUCAGCCAAUGUUGGAGACACAGUGACUUUGCACUGCUUUCAUAAAGGCAAUUUGGCAAUGCACUUCUUGUGGUACAAGCAACCCUUCGGAUAUAAUCCUCAGCUCAUGUCAACCUUUUAUGAGUAUGAAAAGAAUGCUAUAUUUUACCAUGGCUUUAAAGGUAACCCUCGUGUCUCAGUGGAAAGUGGCAAUGGAAUAAACCACCUAAAGAUCUCAGACGUACAGCUUUCUGAUUCAGCAGCAUAUUAUUGUGGAAGUUCCUACUCCAAUAUGGUGGAAUUUGCAGAAGGAUAUAUUCUUAUUGUAAAAGGAUCCAGAAACACCACCGUUGUACAGCAGCCUGUGUCUGAGUCAGUCCAGCCAGGAGACUCUGUGACUCUGAACUGUACAAUACACACUGAGACCUGUGCAGGAGAACACAGUGUCUAUUGGUUCAGACAUGGCUCGGGAGAAUACCAUCCAGGAAUCAUUUACACGCAUGGAGACAGGAGUGAUCAGUGUGAGAAGACCACUGAGGCUGGGUCUCUUACACAGAGCUGUGUCUACAACCUCCCCAAGAGGAACCUCAGCCUUUCUGAUGCUGGGACUUACUACUGUGCUGUGGCCUCAUGUGGGGAGAUGCUGUUUGGAAAUGGGACGAAACUGGACAUCAAGGACAAUGGCGCAGAACCUAUUCUCUUGGUGUACUGCCUAAGCGCAGCAUUGGGUCUGUCGUUUAUACUGAUCACUGUCCUUGGUUGCAUCAUGUACAAGAUGAACAAGAGAAAGUGUGUGCUGUGUAGAGGACCCGUCUCUCAGAAAAGAGAACCAGCAGUCUCUUCUUCAGAUGCAGGGGCCCAAGAUGCAGACAGUCUCCAUUAUGUAGCUCUGAAUCUGAGCAACAAGAAGAACAGGUCUAGAAGACAGAGAAGCAACAUGGAGGAAGAGACGUUGUACUCUGGGAUCAGACAGUAG